GGCAGUGGCGUCCGCGGAACACGCGCGGCUACAGCGCCAGCGGCGGAACGUGCUGGCGGCGGCGCACUGGCGCCAGUGGCGACUGGCGAGGCGGCGGCCCAGCCUGGAAUCGCGCCAGGCGGCGCGGCGCGAGCCACUCUUUGCGGCACCGGUUCUCGUCUGCCGUUAAAAAAAAAAAAAGUUGUGGAUUUACUGUUGUGGAACAUACAUUCUCCAAAACCUUCGACACGCGAAAGGUCAAAUGUGGCGGAUGCACAAUAAUUGCGGGGAGGUAAACAAUAAUUUGCGACAGCAGUGCCGUAGCCACUCAUUGCUUUAAAAUGGGGUCACAAAUAAAAUCAAACACUUAUUUUUUAUCUGCUACAUUUUUACACAUAAUAGUCUUCAGAUAUCUCAACGAACGAGAAAGUAAUUGCUAUAGUGCUGUCUGAAUUGCAUGUAGCUACCUAAUUCUCACUCGUGCAAUAGAAAAGAGACGAAACUGUUUCGACGCGGUGAUGAAGAGUAGCAAAUAGCAUCCAAACACAAAAUAUUCCUUAAAGGUUAUUGGGCCUUCAACUAAAUCCCCUUUUCCUGUUUUUGUAGUUGUUAGAAUAAAGCUAAAAUACAAUUGGUGCUAACAAAGCACCUAAAGGAGAUAAGUGUACUAGUGUAUAUUUUGGACGUGAUGCAGUGUGAUUCUAACCCGUGUGACGUAAUCAAAUAGUGUUCUCAUAAUAUAGUGUGCCAAUAUUACGCAGAGCAAGUGAACUGACACUGGAUCCCAUACACCAAAGAUGAAGACCACUAAAGCGGCCUUCCAACUCGCUGCAGUGUUUCUGCUGGGCGUGAUUUCACCGGUAUCUGUCUCAGCUCAAGGUCGAGUGGUGCAGGUGCUGUCCGUGGUGAAUGGUAGCGCGAGGUUGCCGUGUGACCUGACGCCGCCUUCACACAAUGAUUCCGUGAUACUCGUCAUCUGGUUCAAGAAUGAGAAGACCGCCAUCUACAGCUUCGACGCGCGGCAGCGGCUGUCGGCGCCGGUGGAGUCGCACUGGAAGCACCCCCAGCUGGUGGCGGACCGCGGCCUCUUCAGCACCCUGGAGUCUCCAGCCGAGCUGACCCUCAGCCGCCUCCAAGAGAGCGACGAGGCCGUCUACCGCUGCCGCGUCGACUUCCGCCUCUCUGCCUCCAGGAACUCCAGGGUCCGCCUCACAGUCGUUGUUCCUCCACAACGGCCAGAGAUCUUCGACGAGCGUGGGGUGAAACUGGGAGGUGUGGCUGGACCGUACGAGGAGGGAGGCAACGCGCGGCUCACGUGCAUCGUGUCUGGAGGGAGGCCGGAGCCGUCUGUGCGAUGGUGGCGUGGCGAGCGGCUGCUGGAGUCACGGGAGCUGCCUGCUGGAACGCGCAUCCGCAAGCGGCUGCUUCUGGUGCCGCGCCUCUCCAGGGCGGACCUGCACGCCGCUCUCACCUGCCAGGCCGUCAACAGCAACCUGACGCUGCCCGCCGAGGCCAGAGUCGCCCUCGACAUCAACUUCAGGCCGCUGCUGACGAGCAUCGAGCUGGAGGAACAGCCGCUGUCCUCGGGACGCAGGUACCACAUCACGUGCCGGACGGUGGGGUCGCGACCUCCGGCCGCCGUCUCCUGGUGGCUGGACAACACGCGACUCGUCACCAGCACCGAUCAGGUGUCCUCUGACAGCAACGAGACGCUGUCGACGCUGUCGCUGACGCCAUCGCAAGGCGACAACGGCCGCCUGCUCACGUGUCGGGCUGAGAACUCGCACGUUCGCGCCGGCAUCCAGGAGCACUCCGUCAAGCUGUCUGUCUACUAUGCGCCCACGAGCGAGCUGCGCCUGGGACAGCGGAUGCGCCCAGACGACAUCAAGGAGGGCAGCGACGUCUACUUCGAGUGCCGUGUGCGAGCUAACCCGCCGGCCUACAAAGUGACCUGGAAAUUCCAGGGCCAGACGCUGGUGCAGAACGCGUCUGCCGGGGUGAUCGUGACGGACGAGGCGCUGGCCUUGCAGUCUGUCGGCAGGCAGGACGCCGGCGGCUACUCCUGCGUCGCCAGCAACGUGGAGGGCGACGGCGAGAGCCCGCCGCUGGUGCUGAGCGUCAAGUACAAGCCGGUGUGCCAAGGCGGGCAGCGGCAAGUGUUCGCGGUGUCGCCACACGAGUCGGCGCACGUGCGGUGCUCGGUGGACGCGGCCCCGCCGCCUCGCGGCUUCCGCUGGGCCUUCAACAACUCCGCAGAGACGCUGCAGGUGCCGCAGUCUCGCUUCAACUGGUCGGCCGGUGUCUCCAAGCUGGUCUACGCGCCGGUAGCGGACGGCGACUACGGUUCCCUCCUCUGCUGGGCCCACAACGCUAUUGGCCAGCAGCAACAGCCGUGCGUCUUCCACGUGAUGCCAGCAGGGCGUCCCGACAUGCCGUCCAACUGCUCGCUGCUCAACCAGACGUCGCAGUCGGUGGCGGUGCAGUGCGUCGAGGGCUUCGACGGCGGCCAGCCGCAGAGCUUCCUGCUGGAGGUGGUGGACGCGGUCUCGGGCCACCUGCUGUUCAACAUGACGCAGCCGCUGCCCACCUUCUUGGUGGACGGCCUGGCGGCGGGCCAGCUUCUGCAGCUGCGCGUCUCCGCCUUCAGCGGCAAGGGUCGCAGCGAGGCCUUCAUCGUGGACGCCGCCACACUACUGCCGGCAGAAGUGAGGGCCGGGGAGGUGCCAGUGCUGCUGGAGAUGACGGCGGCGCUGUGGGCGGUGCUGGCGGUGGUGAUGGUGCUGUUGGUGCUGGCCGUGGUGGCGGCGGUGGGGGUGGCCAGGGUGCGGAGUCGGAGCCGGGCGCGCGGCAGCGGUUCGCCUGCCCGCCUCGCGCUCAAGAAGAAGGCCGCCGCGGCCACCGCCGCAGCAGCAGCAGCAGAGAACUCGGACAAGGAUGACCGCAACCCAGACGUUGUGCCUUCGCUAAGCGGCGACUGGUCAGAGCCGGAGGCAGCUUCAUCUCCCAGAGGGACUCCGGUUGCGCCCGAUCCAGAGCCGCCGCCGCCGCGGACACAGCCGCCCCCACAGGUCUUCAGCGUCUGCUCCUCCACCCCCGACGCUUACGUGCCCCACCCGACCACUUUGCGGCGGCCGUCGAAGGCCUGUCGACGGCAGGCGGACGAGCAGCCGGAAGUGACGUACGCCGAGCUGCGCCUGCCGCCAGCCGAAGCGGAGUCUGCGGGGCGCCCGUGGCGGCGCCACGAGCCUGUCAUCUACGCACAGAUAGACCACGUGUCGGCGUCGACGUCGGCGCUGUCGGCGCUGUCCCCGAGAUCGCCACCACCGGCGAGUCUUCAGAGGACGGCGUCUCCGCCGCACAGCCUGCCCCUGCUGGAGCACAUGCACCCCGAGGUGGUGACCGUCCGCACGCCACUCAUGUCUGGCCAGCAGGAGAGCUGCGUUUAGCACGCCUCUGUCCGCUGAAAUGUUACGUCAUCAAGUACGAUGGUUACCCAUCUGUCUGUAGAACAUUUCUGUCGGCAAUCGGCACCCGUAGCGGCGCAAGCCUUACGUGAGUGCAUUUGAGUUGACACUGGCACACCCGUAAUUCUGUGCGCAAAGUCGCAUUUCGAAGACAUGGGUCAUGUUAUAGCGUCCAUUUGAAAAAUGUCAUAUUCCACCUCCAUUUUCUGACACUUCCUUUAGAUAUGCAAUCGGCUUCAUUCGUCUGACCAUUAUCAUGUUCUUGUGCAGCAUAUGAAGUAAGACAUAAGUAACAUUUAAGGCUUAAACUGUCAGGAAUCUUUUUAUAUAUGUAGACUGAAGCGGAGAGUGAAAAUAUGUGCGUAGGUCGGGAAUCGAACCCAGGUCUCCGACUUGUUCGGCAGGUGCGUUAGUUACUGAACCACCUUGGCAAAGCAGUUCAGACACCUGCACGGAUUGUCCUGACACGCCCUCCUCCUCGAUCCUAAUUCUCACUGCCGCCACAGUCUACUUAAUGGUCGCCGUCACUCAAGAACGGAAUUGUCGAAGCUCCCAUUUUUCUGGAAUAGCACCUCAGCAUCGAACGUAAAUAGGAGAUUUAGCCUGAAACCCCUGGUGCUGGUACGUACACAAAUGACAUGUGUUAUUUCAUUUGUAUGAGUACAGCCCCUGGGUUUCAGGAGACCAGGGUUUGAUUUUCGGCCUUGGUACAAACUUUCACUCGCUGCUACAUCAUCUAUACGUAAAAUCAUUCAUGUAUGAGGCCAGCAACGUCUCUGAAAUUCUGUCAUUACAUUUGUCACGAAUCUGUUAAACAAUGUAAAUGUUGACAUAAAAGUUUUCUGGGUUUGGUACCGAGUUAUUAGACCCAGAAGAAGGCCGCUGUAAUUGUGGCCGAAACGUUGGUUUUUCUAUAGCAGCAGUAGUUUUUACAUUAUGACGCGGUACCAAACCCAGAAAACUUUUAUGUCGAAUGACUCUGGCUGCGAAAGCCUACGCAAUUAUAGUGUAAAUGUUGACAACACGUACGUAAUGAAAUGUCACGUGUUCACAUAAAAGUAUUCGCAGAAUCACUUUAGGCGAAAUACAAAACCGUUAUCACCAAACAAUAAAACAUGAAUAACACUCGGAGAAUAAAAGUAUUUCAUGACACAAUGAUGUAACUCAUUACAAAAAUCACAUGCGAGAGAGACAUAAAUCGAUCACAAGUGUACACUUACCUCUUGUCGUAUCGUAAUGCCUCAGACUUAACUGUAGCAGGGAGUGUACUCAUUCCCGUUAAAAGUGUAAUCUGCGUUAAUGUUGUGAAAAUAUGCAUACCACAAGGAGGUGACUGAAUGGCUGAUCACCGUGUACUGGUAGAGCCAAAGUUGCCCACAGAGGUCUACAUACAUCGACAGUGAAUAGAAUCUUACGAUUACUAAACUGUGUUUCAUCUGCUACGAUAAGUGGUUUUGACAUUCUUACAGAUGCCCUGUAGCAAUUUGUGCAAGUUACAAUCAUAUUUGCAGUGACAGAAAACAAAAUGUAUGGCAUUAGUGGUUUACAUUUACUUACAGGCACCAAAGUGAAAUCAGUUAUGGCGACUUUCAUAUGUAGACUGCUAUUAUCGUACAGUAACAUUUAUGGAACAGGCCUUGCAGACAUACAAUGUACAGUACGUGUAGCGGAUAUGUCUCAAAGUAUACUGUGCAGCUCUCAUGGACAAGUGGUUAUAUUAGCAUCUCAUAUGACACGGUCAAUUUAAAUUUAUAUUGCGAUAUGGUAACAGGUAAUUCUCUACAAAUCUGAAUGAGGUUUUUGUUGCCAGUCACAUUACAGUAUUAUGGGGCACUAUUAUUUUUUGUAUAUCACUCGUGGUUUCAUCACCUGGCGAUAACGAUUUUAUAUUUCGGCUAACUUAACGCUGUGUAUACUUUUAUAUGAGCACGUGACAUUCCAUUACGUGUGUAUUGUUUUUAACAUUUACAUCAGCUAACAGAUCAGUGACAGUUUAAGCCUAUAAUGUUACUUAUAUGUUAAUUUAUUUGUUAUAUAGGGACCUGAUGAUGGUCAGAGGACUGAAAACGGUUGCAUAAAUAAAUUAUUUUGUCAGCAGCUCGAGGCGGUAAUGUGACGUUCCUGAAAUGUAUAAAAUCUGUGGUGCAAGACUUGAUGAAAAUAUAACGUGAUGACCUCUUUACCUUUCGAGCAAUGUCCCUUUCUCAGGAGAUAAGAUUCCGCAUUUUACCAGUGCCCAUUCUAUCACACACAGAAAAAGAAAGUAGUGAACUACCACAGCAACUCUCAAUACACAGCAGAGUUACAUGAGGACUCAGUCAACUAUUACUAAAGAAGUUCGUGCACACUCACCCCUGUUCCUUAUUUACUUCAUAAUAGACUUCUGCAGCCUAAAACGGCUACAAUCCACCAAAUAUACUUCAUUGUUCCUUCGUAUGUGAGGCCACAAUUUCGACGCAAUUUCUGAAUGCUGAAACUAAUGUUUAUGUUCACCGUAGGCUGUCAGACGUUUUCUCAUUUUUUCGUUAUUGUGUUUUUAUACGGAUAAUUUUCCUUUACCUUGUGUUUUACAUCGUUGGCCUAUUUCCACCUGAGGCCAUUUUCAGAUGAAGAUGAUCGGCGUAGUGUGUUUCAUAUUUAAAAGCCCAUUUAGUCCUAUGUGGGGAAAAAUUUUAACCGUCUACAGUGGACUAAAAAUGGGUUUUGCAUCAGAGUAUUACUGCAAGACGCUUAUUUCAAGAUACGUAACUGCUUUGGUUGUACGGCACGUAACAACUUCGACCAGUCUUCGUCUGUAGCUGACAUAAUGUUGUACCACAUUGUUCUUCUCCUGUGGUCAACGUAGUUGUAUGAUAUACCUCCGACACUUAAAAAUUGGCCAUUCCAGACAAUGUUAAGUUGGCAUUUUACUUAGUUCAUCUGGUUCCAGAGCUUCCAUUUCUAUAACAUAACACGAAUUUCCGCAUGAAAGAAAACAUGUCUGGAAAUUUUAAGUGUUGCAAAAACAUCUGCUCACUAUUCAUUGUUAUGUGCUGUAUUUUAACUGGCACUUGGAAUAUUUUAUGCUUUCGUUACUGUAGGACUUUUCGGAUCCCCAAGCCAUCUCCACAUUUUAGACAAAAUUACAAAGUAAUAACACAGUCUCCUCCAUGUCUUCACUUUGGUUUCUAAGUUCACGCCACAAAUCGGUAUGUCUCUAUCAACUAAGUAGAUGAACUGUAUGACAAACCAGUCAGUUUUGAACAGACGCCUCGUGCGUUAAGUAAAGGUAACUGGCCAGCAGUUGGUAUUUAUCUACCUGUAUGUUAUCCACUGAUAAAUACUAUUUGAAUAACAUUCUUGCGUGAAAUAACUCUUUCCAAACGUGAAUGUGCCUCAUUUUUGACAAUAAUUACGAAGAAUACUUCAUCACAUACACUUUUAACGACAAGAGACGACCAAAGAAGAUUCCAUAAGAACGAGAAUUGUUGUCAACAUACUGUGUCUGUUCUCUUCGAAAUUGGUGUUGAACUGCUGACGAUGUUCACUAUGUAAAUAGUGGACGCAUUGAAUAUAAUCGUUAAUAACGUGGUGUAGGAUACAGUCACUCACCUGUUUAGACUUCCAUUGUUACAGCUGUAAGGAUAUUGAGUUAAUUCGAAGCUGAUCAACAAAGAUAACUCCAAAGAUUACAAAUACAGGGCAGUGUAGGAAGUGACGUUUCUUUUGAAAACAAAUUGAAACCUGAAAAGGAAAGAAGCCGCAUUCUCUCCAAGAAACGUCCAUUUUUAGACCAGUCGUGAAAGUUGGAGUCGGGUAUCAACGAAAACUAUGGAUCUCUGUUUCAACUGUAACGAAUGUCGUUCCGUCUAGAUAUUGUUUAUGAAAAGUGUUUAUCGUAACAAUGUGUGUAUAUUUUUACUGAUGUAAAUGUUUUGCAAAUCAUGUGAUGUGUACAUCUUUGAAUUAUGGAGAGUCAAAUAUGCUGUAUGUGUUUCAUCGAAAUAAAGGACUUGUUGUGAAUACA